CUCACUCAGGGGUGACCUGCAGUGAUGAUGCUGCUCCUCUUCCUCUUCCUCCUGCUCUGCACUGCCAUCGCUAAAGGUGAGGACCGUCUGAUUUUGAUUAAUGGAAGCAACCCGUGUGAAGGCUACAUCCAAAUCUACCAUGACAACAAGCUGGGCUACAUCGGGGACAAACACUGGAGCAACAAAACUGAAGACGUGGUUUGCAAGAGCACUCAGUGUGGUAAAGGAGUUGGGAGCACCCAGGAGCCCGCCAUGUUGCCCAUCGAUCGAGUGUGGCUGAACGAGGUGGAAUGCAAAGGGGACGAGCUUCACCUGGGCGAGUGCACGCAUCCCGGCUUCGGCAUCAGCCAGUUCGACACUGGGACUCUGAGGAAGAUCCAAUGUUCAAAUAAGAUCAACAUCAGCCUGCAGGGGUAUGCGUGUGCGGGAGCGGUCCAGUACUCCACCGAUGCAGGACAGACAUAUCCUGGGUACUUCUGUGGGGACAGCGGCUGGGACAAAGAUGCAUCAAAUAUUUUGUGCAAAAGCCUGAAGUGCGGUACAGCCAAGGAAAUUCCCAAGAAGCCGUGGAUCACUCUCAAACAAUCAGAGAAGAUGUGGGCAGAUUGUUCAGGCAUCAAAGGCCUAACUAAUCUGUGGCAGUGUGCGACUGAGAAAAAAGGUUCAGCGUGUCCCAAUCCUGCGACUGUCAUAUGCUCAGAUCAUGAGAUACUGCAACUCUCCGGAGACGCAUCCAAUGUGUGUUCUGGUCGGCUGGAGCAGAGGGUAGGUGAAGCCUUCACUCCUUUCAGAAACAACAAUCACAGUAAGGAGUGGUGCGAGCGGAUGCACUGCGGAACAUCUGCCAACUCCAGCCUAGCUGCUGACGGCCUACAGCUCAACUGCACAGAUCAUGUGAGAGUGGUUCUGAUGGACAAUGGGGAACCCAGCCGCUGCUAUGGUGAAGUCUAUAUUAUGCGUAACAACUCUCCUCAGCCGGUGUGCGCCUCGGGCUGGACCAAUACGGAAGCUGACGUCGUCUGCAAGGAGCUACGCUGCGGCAGUUCUGUGCUCAGCAACGAUGAGAAGAGUCCUCGAGGAGCGGAAAUGGACAAUGGGAUAAUGCACAAUGUGGAGUGCUCAGGGAAAGAGUCGUCCCUGUGGCACUGCAGAGCCCAGCGGGACAAAAAGCUCAGAUGUUCUUCCAAGGCAUACGUAGUCUGUUCAGACAGCAUGGAGGUGAAAUUGAAGGACACUCCUGGGAAAUGUGCCGGCAGACUAGAGAUCAAGUACGAGGGCAAAUGGCAGAGGGUCGAUAAAAAAGGAUGGACAGAUACGAAUUCAGAGGUCGUCUGCAAUCAACUGAAAUGUACAAAAAGCAUUAAGAAGAAUAAGGACGAUUUUCAAAAAUACAGCCCGGGUUCAGCUACAUUUCUGUCUAAGACUAUAACUUGUGGGAAAGAUGAUGUCUCCAUAUCUAAGUGUGUCACAAGGACUACCAGCAACCGCAGAAACUCAGACUUUGGAAGGCCGGAUUCAAACGUGAAUAAGGAGGAGGCAGUGGGAAUAACCUGUGAGGGGCAUAAAAUGAUAAUUCUGGAAGAAGAUUCCUGCUCUGGCAAGGUGGGGAUAAAAACCCUCCAACAAACUUACUGGCUCUCCGGGUCUAACGCAACAUGGAACCAAGAGACGGCAAACACCGUGUGUCGGGAGACGCAUUGUGGGGAAGCUUUGAAUGUCACUAACACCCAGCCUGGUCCAGAAGAAAAGGUUUGGGAUAAAUUGUACAACUGCUCACACAACGAAACAUCUCUGUUUGACUGUGGAGAAACACAAAAUCCAAAAGACCUCAAUUUCACAAUUGCCACUGUGAAAUGCUCAGGAGUAAAAACAUUUAACCUGUCCGAAGACUGUUGGGGGUACGUCAAUGUUUGUUUGAAAGAGAAGUGCGGUGGUGUGUGUGCGAAUCCGUGGACAGACGACGACUCCAGUAUGGUGUGUAAAUCCCAGCACUGUGGUGAACAUGUCCUAAAGCCCAUCACCAAGACUAGGGAACGAAGGGACGUGAAGUUCAAGAGUGUGCACUCCACAGAGAAGACUCACAACCCGACCAAGUGUAACUUGGUCAGCUUUGAUGACAAUGAUAAGUCUUGUGACGAUAAUCCAGCAUAUGUCGUUUGCUCAGGUAGUGUCAAAGCCAGAUUUACUCCUUCCCGAGAAAAUUGUUCUGGAGGUUUGGAAGUGAACUACGAAAACAAAUGGCUCCAGGUUUGCAAAGAUGCUCUUAAAGACAACAAAACACGAAACACCAUCUGUCGAGAGCAGGGCUGUGGUCAGGCAGUAGAUGAGAUUAAAGAUGGACCCAAAACAACAAAAGGUCCUGUCAUUUCACAAAUACAGUGUUCUGGAGAUGACACGGUCACACAAUGUAUGAUGAAAACUAAUGAUGGCCCAUGCACUCCUGCUGACCUCCAAUGCUCCAGCUCGAGUACGUUUGUGCUAGUAGGUGGUGACACUGCCUGUAGUGGAAAUCUGUUAGUUGACUCGAAGGAGAAAGAAAGAAGUGCUGUUUCCACUGAAGGCUGGACAGAAACUAUGGGGGAGAUACUUUGCAGCAAUCUUAAAUGCGGCAAUUUAAUGUCAAAUGAGACAAGAAAGACAGCUGCAUCCUGGACAACGAGCUUCAGCUGUGCAGGUGUACAGAAUCUGGAGUCCAUCUGGGACUGUGAGAAAAAAACGUCAUCUAGCAACCCAAACCAGAUCUUUAUUAAAUGUCAAGAUGAUCCUAAGGUCAAACUUUCAGCAAAGUGUACUGGUGAAUUGAAGGUAAAUGACCUUGAGGUGUGCAGCACAAAUUGGGAAGACAGGUACUCACGUUUGGUUUGCCAAGAACUGAAUUGCAGCAACGCCAUUGGUUUCUCUGUUGACAAAAACCCGAUUAAGGAUAAAGAGUACUUCCAUGUCAACUGUGAGAAAAACCAUUAUCAAAUCGGCCAGUGCAAGAGAGUCGAGGGAAAGUGUGAUACAAAGUUGGUUUCGGUUUUCUGUGCUGGCAAUGUCGAGUUCAACUCUACAGAAAAAUGUGGAGGUCAGAUUCAAGUCAACUAUCGAAAUAAGUGGGAAAAAGUGUGUCCCCUGGCCACAACAUUUCCAGAGAAACUUCUGGAAAAACUGUGUAAAAAGCUUGAUUGUGAAGGCUACAAUAGUAGCAUAAAGGGAUCUGACGAUUUAAAAGAGGUCGACUUGGCAACAACAACACUGAGUUGCACCAAAGAUCACAAUGACCCUAGGCACUGUGUUGAAAUAAAGAGUUGUCCGAACGAAAAACCAGCGGAGAUCUACUGUAACGGUUACGUGUCCAAGUUUAUAAAGCUUGAAGUCCCUUCGUUCCCCACAGUGGGCAUUAUCCUGGGAGUAGGAUUACUUUUGGUUCUGGUGAUAAUAAUUGUCGUAAUUAUCCGAAUCUGCAUUGUCACCAAAGGCAAGAAUAUAUCGUUGAGAAUUUUGAGAAAGAGAAUGUCGACAAAAGAAGUAGAGAUUGAGAGUGGAGACUACGACAACGUCCCGGACAUGUCAAACCAGAUGGAGGACUUGGGAGCAGCCAGAUUCAGAGAAGAUGGUUCCUUCCAUUCCAACAAUGAUGUCAGUGAUGCUGCUGAGAUGCAGCCCCUGACCCUCCAGACCCUCACUGCUGCUGAAGGAGAACACCUCCUCCAGGUUGUUCCCAUGGAUAAAGUGUCAGAUGGGGUGACCGUUGAGGAGGAAGACCCGCAGGAGGACUACGACGACAUUGAAGCCUACCCUGAAUUCACUCAGACCGAAGCAGAAGUCCACGAGAGCCCCCAGGAGAGCACCGCAGAGGAACCUCUCUUAGUGGAGGGAGACGAUGAUUACCUGGUGCCAGGCCAGGAUGGGUGAGCCAACCCUGGGUUCAGCUGGCAAAGCAGAUCGCCCCAAACACCUAGCUGUCAUUCCCUCCAACAAAAGCGUGUAUAAAAAAAGUCCAACAUUACAGGCUGUCAAUAUUUUUACAGUAAAGAAUCUUUUAAUGCUACAGACAAUUUUAAGUUUAUUCCAGCGACUUCAGCAAAUGAAAAAAAAAAAAGAUAAAACUAAUUGAAUGACUCUGAAAUAGUGAUUAAAGCUAACUUUUAAUUCAUAAACUAUGAUCUGAUUUGAAAUAGAGUCUUACUUGUACAUAGGAAAUAAACUCUGAUUGUGUACUGCUAAUUUUUGUACUUUGCAGAGACAUUGCCCUUACUUCUUAUUUUACAAAAGUGAGUCUUAUACAAUGUGCAAAGUUUUAGCCUGCAAGCUAAUCACAGGUGAGGAAGAUGAAUGAGGUAGUUUCUCUUUAAAUGUACAAAAUUAGAGCAGUUAGAACUUGUAAAAAGAAACAUAUUUGUAACUUUCUCUUGUUUUGUUUUCAUAUGGCUUUUAUGAAAUGUGCUCAGAAUGUAUCUGUAAUCAUAUUAUGUUUUAGAUUGUUUUAUUGAAAAAAAAAAAAGUAUAUUCAGUAUUAGAGCUUCUAUGAUUUAUGCAAUAUUUUACGAGCGAUUACUUUCACAGUAGUUUGUAGAUUGGUCAACAAUUAUAUAUUCACAAUGCAUAAAGCAGUCAUAAAAUGUUCUCCAUUUAGCAUAGUUACAGCAAAAAUAAAAUGAAUAUUACAGAAGUCCAACUUAUAACUGCUUCAGUAAACUUGCAUUGAGUAUUUCUUUGUUUAGGCUUUGUAAGAAUAUACUAAAUGGUCACAUUGGGUAGUUUUUGUUAAAUAGGCUUUGUAAGAAUGUAUACCAUUGAGAUUUUACCAUCAAAAUGUUCUUUUUAUACUUAGGAAAGACGAUCUUGUAAUCCAACUCAUUGUAAUUCGUUGUUUUCACAAAUGUCAAACUGACCUAAUCUAUAAAACGAGUGUGAACGUUCAA